AAUCACAAACACACCAAUAGAUAGACGCUUAUUUUAUUUAUAUUCAUAUCCGCUGUUAUUAAAUAAAUUACUCUAUAAUAUAUUAAUUAAACAAACAAUAAAUUAUCCUUGUAAUGAUCUUAUUAUUUAAUGCCUAAUUAACGAAUAAUGCUAGGUAAACUAUGGCUGAAAAAAUAAAAAAUUUAAAAAUAAGUCAUGCUUGAGUUUUCUUUUGCCACUCAUAUUUUGUAUAGACAAACUUACCAAUAUAUGUGAUUUAACGAAGGUCUGCAAAUUUAACCUCAAAUUUCAAAGUCGGUGUAUUUAUUAUUUAGUUUAGAGGGCAAUUACAAUAAGCAACUUUGUCACGAGACAAAUAAGGAUGGCUCACAAAUUUGCAAGCAAUCUAUCUUUUAUGUUCCAAGAAGUGCCAUCAUUGAUUGAUAGAUAUCAAGUGGCUAAAGAUGCUGGUUUCAAGGCUGUAGAAAGUGGCUUUCCUCUUGGCUUCAGUAUGCAACAAGUUGCUCAAGCCAAAGAAGCUGCUGGUAUUGAGCAGAUAUUAAUUAAUGUUUUUACAGGUGACACUUCAAAAGGACAACUUGGAUUUGCUGCUAUUCCAGGAAAAGAAAAAGACUUUAGGGAUAGCAUUGACCUUACCAUUCAAUAUGCUAAAGCAUUAGAUUGUAAAAAGAUUCAUGUGAUGGCUGGUAAAGUUGAAAAUUCAACUCCAGAAAAUGAUAUUACUUAUGAGAAUAAUUUGAAAUAUGCAGUUGAAAAAUUUGCUGCAGAAAAUAUUAUUGGCCUUAUUGAACCUAUCAACAGUAUUACUGUACCUAAUUAUUAUUUAAAUGAUUAUAAAAGAGCUAUUGAUGUAAUACAAAAAAUUAACAGUCCAAAUUUGAAACUUCUCAUGGAUAUUUUCCAUGUACAACAAAUAACUGGAAAAAUAACAAAAACUAUUGAAGAUUAUUUCCCUCAUAUUGGUCAUGUUCAAAUUGCACAAGUACCUAGUCGAAAUGAACCAGAUGUUCUUGGAGAAAUAGAUUAUCGUUACGUUUUUUUGUUAUUAGAAAAGCUUACUUAUAACGAAUACAUUGGGCUUGAAUAUAAGCCUUUAACAACCUCCACUGAUGGACUUAAGUGGGUCAAAAACUUUGGGUUUACUCUAUAAGAUGUACAUGAAUUUAUAUAUUUUUAUAAAAAGAUGUAACAAGAUAAAGUUGCAACCGAACAAUCUAACAACUUAUGUGAUAUAUUAAAUUGUAUAUAAUAUAUAAUUUUAAUAAAAGUUAUAAAUCA